CAUUAUAACUUCCUUAUUCCGAUCUUGUAACGACAUUUGAAAGUAGAAGAAAAACAUGAACUACGCGGUUAUUUUCUUACUUGUCUGCACCACCGUGGGGAUUGUGGAGCCACAUGGAUACCUUAAAGACCCACCAGCAAGAGGAACCAUGUGGAGGCAAGGCUGGGAUACCCCUCAAAAUUACAAUGACAAUCAGUUGUUUUGUGGAGGAAAACAGCACCAACAUCUGACCAACGGAGGUAAAUGUGGUGUUUGUGGUGACCCUUAUGAGAUGCCACAACCACGUGACAACGAAGGAGGUGGCAAAUAUUCCAGCGGUGUCAUUUCAAAAUGUUACACAAAAACGUCAUCAAUGAUUGAGGUCAAAGUGCAAAUAACAGCCAAUCAUCUUGGUUACUUUGAAUUCCGGUUGUGUGAACAUAACGACCCUUUCACACCAGUAACUCAAGAAUGCCUCGACGAGCACGUUCUGACAUUGUACAAUGGAGAAGGCACUAGAUAUUACGUUGCACCUGAAAAUGGAGAGUAUACAGUGGAGUUGGUAUUGCCAGAGGAUAUUCAGUGCAAUCAAUGUGUCCUUCAGUGGAAAUACAAUACAGGUAACUCUUGGGGAUGUGAAGGUGAACUCUGUGGUCUUGGUUAUGGAGAUCAGGAGCAGUUUUAUGGUUGCUCAGAUAUUUCUGUCCUGGAAAGCUGUGAGAAUUUUGAUCAUUAUCAAUAUCUUAAUAAACCUUCUACUUCAUCAACCACUACAACGACUACGCCUUCAACUACCACAACGACUAGACCUUCAACUAGCACAACGACUACACCUUCAACUACCACCACGUCAACCCCUUCAUCUACCACAACGACCAUGCCUUCAACAACCAAUAGGACUAAUCCUUCAACAACCACAACGACUAUUCCUUCAACUACGACAAAAUCUACAACACAAAUAACUUCCACGGCCAAAUCCUCAACAACAAAAACAACCACAAAAUUGACUCCAACCUUGACAACGACAUCUUCUGCCUAUGGAAAAUGUUAUCCUAAACCUGAGUUUGAGGUCGAAAAAGACGCUUUUGAUGAAAUAUGCAUGUUGGGUUGUUCAAAAGGACUGUGUUUGUCUUAUUAUUGUGAAUGUAAAAAACAACAGUCCACAACAAAGUCUUCAACAUUAAUGACCAUAAUUUCAUCGUCAGUAAUGCCCUCAUCAUCAUCACCAUCUUCGUCACCCUCGUCAACAUCAACAACAAAGUCAACAACAACGACAACAACAACAUCAUCUCCAUCAACAACUCAGACAUCACAAAAAUGUCAGGAUGUAAAAGUGGCGGAUCUAUACAAAGGCGUUGAUGGCAUGUUGGACUGGUGCGUUGAGCAAUGCCUCCUGGACAUAUGCCCGACUUCCCAUUGUAUAUGUUAAGUAGAUUCAUAUGUGAUCUUUCGAAGUUUUUGUUGAUAUUGUGACAUGUCUCAUUCUUAAAUCUCAUCUUUUAAAAGAAUCAUAAUGGUUGCUGUCAUUUGCAACAAAGUCGGAAAAAGGUGUUUUAUGAUAUUGCUAGUCAGCAUACUCCAUUGUACAAUAAGCAUGCACCGAAAAUAGAUAAUUUCUCAUCAGUGCAGUUUUCAUGUUGAAUAAAAUCAUUUGUGGUCCAAGAACAACAAAAUAUAUCAUUCCAAGACCACUUAGUGGUUUGAUUAUAUAAUGAAAUUUGCAUAUAUCAAUAAGUUUAUACAUUGUUAUAACUAAAGACAAAAAGAAGCAAUCCUGCCAUAAUGAGAUUAUAUGUUUUUAUAA